GUUGUACUAUAGAUGGUUAAUUAGUGUGUUUGAAGGGUUAUAGUUUUUAUUGCUUUCUGUUCGUUUAUCUGGUGGAGGUGGCGGUGCAACCAGUCUGUAAUGGGAAGACAGCCAUGUUGUGACAAAUUAGGAGUGAAGAAAGGGCCGUGGACGGCUGAGGAAGACAAGAAACUUAUCAAAUUUAUCCUCACCAACGGUCCAUGUUGCUGGCGAGCCCUCCCCACGCUGGCUGGUCUCCGUCGCUGUGGCAAGAGCUGUCGCCUCCGUUGGACCAACUACCUCCGGCCUGACUUGAAGCGUGGUCUACUCACUGAAUCUGAGGAGCAACUUGUUAUCGACCUCCAUGCUCGUCUCGGCAAUCGCUGGUCAAAGAUCGCAUCAAAUUUACCGGGCCGAACAGAUAAUGAGAUAAAAAAUCACUGGAACACUCAUAUCAAGAAGAAACUUCUGAAAAAGGGAAUUGACCCGGUCACCCAUGAACCUCUUCAGAAAGAAACUCAGACAAGUGAGACAUCGUCUGCUUCAUCUUCUCCUUACGAAGACUCUUCAAGAUAUGAAAACAACCAUUCACUGUUUUUCGAAGGAAUUUCAAAGGAGGACUCGACUGUUUCACUAACUGAAAAUAAUUUAAAUGUAAAUGACAAGCCUAGACCUUCAAUGUUUCAAAGUCUUUGUGAUGACGAGAAGUUGGUAAGUUACUUCUUAGACGACAAUGAGCCUCCUCUACUUGAUCAUAUAUCGGAUUGGCAGUUACCAAACAAUGAGAAAAAGUCAAAGAAGGAUACAAGCGAGUUCACGUCAUGGGAUGAUUGUGCUACAUGGCUAAUGGAUUGUAAAGAUUUUGGGUUGGAUUUUCUCAAUGAAGCUGAGAUGAGCUUGAUGGACAACAAAGGGACAUGA